AUGGGUGCUGAUCUAACUCCAGCUGUCGUUGGUGCUUUACAAUGCCAAAAGAACUCUUUUUUGAAGGAAUUUUCAACAACUGUUAUAUCAUGUACUGAAGAGAAACCAGAACCUGUUGCAAAAGGGAAGAAAUCUAAGUCAAAGGACGUAGCAGUUGCCACUCCAAAAUUUGCUGUUGAAUUGCAAGAUACUAUUUUGUUUCCCGAGGGUGGUGGUCAACCAUCUGAUCAAGGGUAUAUAAUUUCAAAAGAUCAGAAGAAACAUCAUGUCUCAUUCAUCAGAAGAGACAAGCUUCGUGCAGUUCAUCUUGUUGAUGAACCAAUAGAAGCAGGAUCUGCUGUGAAGCUUGAGCUUGAUUGGAAAAGAAGAUUAGAUCAUAUGCAACAACAUACAGGUCAACAUCUAUUGUCAGCCAUACUGGAUAAAUAUGACUUACCAACUCUGAGUUGGAGUAUGGGGGAAAUGAUUAAUUACAUUGAAUUACCUCGUGCAUUAUCUAAUGAAGAAGUUGAAGAAAUUAGCAGCGUUGUCAACGAAAAGAUUGUGGAAAGUAUUGAUAUCUCUGUGGAUACUCCACAUAAAGAUUUAGUUAAUCAAGGAAAGAUGCCUGAUGAUUAUGAUGUUGAAAAAGGUGUUUUACGCGUUGUUAAGAUUGGCGAAUUGGAUCAAAACCCAUGCUGUGGAACCCAUUUAUCAUCUACUUCCCAGAUCUUGUCAAUUGCCUUAUUGCAUCAAACUUCAGUUAGAGGAACAAACUCAAGAUUACACUUUUUGGCUGGUGAUCGUGUACGUCAAUAUGCUGUGUAUACUCACAAAUUAUUGAAACAAUCUUCCAAUGAACUUUCAUGUCAAUUUGAUGAGAUUACUGAUAAGCUACAACAGUUGAAUGUAAACUAUAGAAAAACCACAAAGAGUGAAGGAUCAUGGAAAGAGGAAGUUGCAGGCUACCAAUCCAAAGAAUUGUUAAGAAAACUAGAAACUUCUGAUGUUGGAUUUAUUCACAAAGCUGAUGCUGGAUUAGACUAUUUGAUGAUGAUUUUCAAAGUCGUUUCCAAGGUGAUUCCCGAAGGGAAAACCGUUGUUUUGAUUUCUGGUGAAGGUAAAGAAGGUGGAUCAACUAUAAUUUUCGGUUCAGAUAAUGAAAAAGUUUCUGAAAUUGCUAAAAAUUUACAAUCAUCAAUAUUUGGUUUGAAAGGUGGUGGUAAAGGAAAAUGGCAAGGUAAAAUAAGCUCAUUUCAAAAAGGUGAACUUGAGAACGCUUUGUCAUAUCUACAAUCCUUAUGA